UUCAGGUACAAUAGAAGCGUUUUAGUUUUAGUUUUAGCUUUAAGAUGGCUGCCACCGUCACUGGCAUCACAGUGCUAUUUCCUUCUCCGGCAUCUAAUCCGGUGAAGAGAACUACAAGGAUGAUGCUUGGAAGAAAAGCUGACUCUUUGGGUUCUCAUGGAAUGAAGUCGUCUUCUUCUUCUGCUAGAGCAAAUUCCACAAAAGAUGGGGUUGGGACAAUCUUGAAGAUGGAAGCUGAGAAACUGUGGAAGCUACUUGAUAGAAAGCAUAGGGAAGAGCCCAUGGUUAUGGUUACUGACCCAUUUGCUCUUAGAGAGGUUGGGAAGGACAGGCGUAUUUUCUGUGAGAACUUUACAAUUAGAUCUUAUGAUAUGGGCCCUAGUCGCACCGCAUCCAUAGAGACUUUGAUGAAUCUUUUACAGGAAACGGCUCUAAAUCAUAUUAAAAGCAUGGGGAUUCUAAAAGAUGGCUUGGGUUCAACACCAGCAAUGAGUGGAAAGAGCCUGAUAUGGGUGCUAUCUAAGAUGCAUAUUGUUGUGGAUCACUAUCCUUCUUGGGGUGACGAAGUUCAAGUUAACAAUUGGUUGAUUGCAUCCGAAAAGAAUGGCCAACGAACUGAUUGGAUUAUUCGUGAUCGUCAAACCGGCAAAAGUUUGGCACGAGCUACCAGUACAUUCUUAACGAUGAAUAAAGAAACAAGAAGACUAUCUAAAAUUCCAGAGGAGGUCAGAAGAGAAAUGGCAACUCACUACAUACAGUGUCCUCCUAUUCCUAUUCCAGUUGAUCAUGAGGAUAGCAAUGAAGUAGCAAAGUUUGAUUACAACAAAAUGGAUUGUGUUCGAACCGGUCUAACCCCUCGUUGGAAUGAUUUGGAUGCCAAUCAACAUGUUAACAAUGUGAAAUACAUUGGGUUAAUGCUUGAGAGUGUUCCCAUCUCAAUGUUGAAGAGCCAUGAGAUUUGUGAGAUGAAAAUAGAGUACAGGAGGGAAUGUGGGAUGGAUGAUGAACUGCAGUCCUUGACUUCUUGUGUUUGUAGUACUACUACUAGUCAAGCAACUGAUGAUUACUUGGUGGGUGCUGGCGGAUCUGGAGGAGGAGGUCAUUAUGAUGAGUUCUUACACUUUCUGCGUUUUGAGAAUGGGGCUGUGGUUGCAAAAGGAAGGACCAAGUGGAAAGCUAAAUAAAAUAUGCAAACAAGUAAGGUCUGAAUGGUUGUGGGUGAU